AUGUCUCCAAAGAUUGCAUACUUUCUGGCCGCGAUGCUGGCAAUCCUUUGCUUGCUGCAACAAUUCGAAAGCAGUACAGCCGCCAAUACCGGAUUGUCGCGUGAAGAGCUUGCUGCGCAUAGACAAUUACAACAGAAUACCAACAAUCAAUUGAACAAGAAUGAAUACAAUAAUGAAGAUGUAGAUGAUGAAGAUGAUGAUGAUGUUGAUGAUGAGGAUGAUGAUGAAGCGGAAGAAGGCAGUGAUGCCAAAGAUGAAGAUGAGGCUAACAAUUUGGCUUUGAGGGACGAAGUCUCUGAGAAUGCCGCACAAGCGCAGGAAAAAAAUACAUCCAAAGACACUGAGGGUGCACUUGCCAAUUCGCAGGAAGGCGCCGAUGUAGGGGGACGUGCACGUAGACGUGGUCGCCGAGGUGGUCGAGGACGUCGCCGUCGUGCCGGUCGCCGUCGUGGACGUCGUGGUGGCAGACGUCGUGGCAGUCGCAAAGGUUUACGUAAAGUACGCAAAUCAAGAAAGCACAGCAGUGGUUAA